AUGGAACACAAGAAGACAUCACUCGAGUCCAUAGAUGACGGCAAUGAAGACAAUAAACAGCCAAAGAUUUACGCGAAGAACUCAAUGAACAGAUUCGGUGAUGACAUGUAUGGACUCAUAUUAUCCUAUCUUUCACUCGAAGAUCGGUUUCAAUUGGAAUGUGUGUCCAAACAGUUCCAGAGGACUGUCUUCGGGAGUGUUGUCUUCAUUGAUAUCACCGAUCAAUUCGAUGGUGAAUCCAAGACUUGUUUCACAGCUAUUAUUGAAAUGUUGGCCAAAAAGUGUCCAAACAUUGAGACCAUUGACUUCAGAGGAAUGAUCAUUGAAUGCGAAGAACACAUUCCAGAAGUGUUGCGAUUAUUUCGAGACAAUUGUCUUAAUUUGCGAGAAGUUUACUGCAAUUUAGUGGAAAAUACGGCACAAAUGUAUCGACAGUUCGGACCACUGGUCACACAAAUCGAUUGCAAUAAGUUGUCCGACACUGUCGUCGACACCACUUCCGGACACCAAUUGGCCAACAAUUUGAAGACAUUUAAGUGUAAUCACUAUAACACAGAAGACAAACAACUAUUCACUGCAUUCGUGGCACACAAUCAGUGUCUCAAAAGUCUAAACAUUGUAGAUAUUUACGAUCUGAACGAUACUCUUCCCGAACUGGCCGUACAAUUGUCACGUUUAACACAAUUACGGGAACUGACACUCGGGUUAGUGUUUGACGUAUUGAACGUAUUGGACGACAAGAUGCAGACGUCCGCAGCCGUGAACCAGUGUUUGCGUACUAUUGGUGUGAAUUGCAAACAAUUGAAUCGUUUGUCACUCGAACUGAUCUCAGUGGAGACCGAACCCGCAUUCCAGAUAUCAUUGGAUUCGUUACGAGUUUAUCGCCAAUUAAAACGAUUACGUAUAACAGCGGAUGAGGUCAUCGAUGACCGGCUGUUGGAUCCGUUGAGACACUGCAAGAGAUUAACGCAUUUAGAGCUCUGUUUAUGGCGUAUGAAAGCAAAUGUGUUGAAAGAUUUGCACAUAAAGUGUCCGCGACUUCAAUACCUAUUCAUUCGUGACUUCAAUAGCAUUAUAGACGCCGAGUGUUUGUCACACCUCUCAAGACUACCGGCGCUGCAAACGCUUGUCAUUGACGGCAAAGACUGUGGCGACGACUCUAAAGUUUGUGGCGAAGAAUCUAAUUAUCUCUCGGAUAAUGAUUUGAAUGCUGUGUUGUCUUCGAGUCCUAAACUCAAGACAAUUGAAAUCCGUGUAAACAAUGGGAAGAAGUUUUAUUAUAAGUAA